UCUGUGUAGCCCCAGCAGUGCCAGCUGUCAGUGCUCAUCCAUGCCACCUGCCAGUGCCCAUCAGUGCCACAUCAAUGCCACAUUUCAGUGCCUACCAGUGCACAUCAAUGCCACAUAUCAGUGCCCAUCUGAUCUGCCUUUCAGUGUCACCCAUUAGUGCCAGUCAGUGCCACCUAUCAAUGCCAAUCAGUGCCACCUACCAGUGCCUCAUCAGUGCCACCCCUAUCAGUGUCCAUCAGUGCACCCUAUCAGUGCCCAUAACUGCAACCUCAUUAGCGCACAUCAGUGAAGGAGAAAAAUCACUUAUUUACAAAAUGUUAUAA